CCGACACUCCCCAGUAGAGGGAGAAAGAUGGCGCCCACACACGUACUGAGAUGCUGUCAACGGGGUUUAGCAUGGAUACCUGUGAUUUUUAUCGCCCUGGUCGUUUGCUGGUCCUAUUAUGCUUAUGUGGUGGAGCUUUGUAUAUUCACCAUCCCCAGUAAAGGAGAGCAGAUUGUCUACCUGAUCUUCUUCCACCUCUCUUUCAUCAUGUUUGUGUGGUCAUACUGGAAGACCAUCUUCACCAAGCCUGCCAACCCCUCCAAAGAGUUCUGCCUGCCCAAGGCUGAGAAAGAGCGCUACGAGAAGGAAGAGAGGCCCGAGUCCCAGCAGGAGAUCCUGUGGAGAGCUGCCACAAGUCUGCCUCUGUACACCCGCACAGGAGCCGGAGCAAUCCGCUACUGUGACCGCUGUCAAGUCAUCAAGCCAGACCGGUGUCAUCACUGCUCCGCGUGUGACAUGUGUGUGCUGAAGAUGGACCACCAUUGCCCCUGGGUGAACAACUGUGUAGGAUUCUCCAACUACAAGUUUUUCAUCCUCUUCCUGGCCUACUCGCUGGUGUACUGCCUGUUCAUUGCAGCCACCGUACUGCAAUAUUUCAUAAUGUUCUGGACAAAUGAGCUGCCAGACACUCACGCCAAAUUCCACGUCUUGUUCCUUUUCUUUGUGGCGGCCAUGUUCUGCAUCAGUAUUCUGUCCCUCUUCAGCUACCACCUGUGGCUUGUAGGGAAGAACCGGUCCACUAUAGAGGCGUUCAGAGCACCAGUCUUUAGGACGGGAUCUGAUAAGAACGGCUUCUCUCUGGGUUUCCGGAAGAAUAUCGCUCAGGUCUUUGGAGACCAGAAGAAGUACUGGCUGCUGCCUAUCUUUACCAGCCAAGGAGAUGGUCUGACGUUCCCUGCACGGCUGGUUAAUGCUGAUGUAGAGCAAGCUACAGUGACCCUGCAUCCAGAGCCUGAUAAGAGUGCUGCCGAGGUACCUGUGAGCCCAGUCAGCGAGUCCCAGAACCGCCUCCUGAGCAACAACCAGCAUGCCAACAACAUCGGAGACCAUCUGGCUGAUAACGACAUUAAAUCAGCUGAAGGUGAAACCAUUAUGAUCUCCGUGGAGAGCGAGUCCUAACCAGGAGAAACUCCUCUAUCAUCUUAUACGAUGCCUUAAGCAACGCAAUGGUUUAGAUCGUCACCAUGGCAACAGCCUCCCAGCGCAACCUCAUCCCCACGAACCCGUUCAGAGAACUUUAGUAUUUAUAUGCAACUUUCCGAUUCACACUGGAGGGAGACCCAGCAAAGUCCAGAUGUCUGUCAUUGCUCAUGUCCAUCUGAUCCUGUCCCGGCCAGUUGCUGGACGAGCCUCCUACUAACUAGAUCCCACCAGACUCCGGUGAUGUACAAGUUUACAGCUGUUUCUAUCAUGUGGAGUGAGUUAGUGGUGUUGUACAGUGUGUUUCUUGGUAAUCCUUGUUGUGCGGAAUGUACCACAGAUGUGACAGAUUUUAAUGACUGAUGGGAGCGUUAAAAAGAUCCCGCUCUUUGGACUUAUGUUUUAUCCUUCCAGUCAUGUUUGACCAUCUUGAGCCCAGUUGUAUUUAUAAUCGCUCUUUACAAACAGGUGAUUGGAUGAUGUGUGGAUUAUACUUAUACUCUCGAGUAUCAGAAUCACACUUUGAUUUGAUCUCAAAUUAGCAGAUCCAGAUACCGUCAGAGAUCACGACCGAAGCCAUUUAUAUGUUCGAUCAUGUAUAGAUCAUUUUACACCUUUCACUUAAAACAUUUAGCUAAAGGAAAAAGACAAACAUUGUGUAUCACCUGUAAGGAGCCUGGCUCAUUCCACUCAUCACUUACAGCCACUGGUUCUAAAACAUUGGACCUGUCUUCUUGUUGUUUUACAAAUUGCCUAUAUUCUUGCUCUGGGCCGUUUGGCUUCGAGACUAAAGUGAGCGUGUAUUUUGUAAUGCUUAAUUGAUUGUUUUGUAAUAUUGUCGUUUUGGGAGGAAAUGCUUCUGUGCAGCCAUGAGUUUUACAUGUCUGUGUACAUACAAAACGUCUAUGACUAAUGCUCAGAAGCAUGCCGCCUAACUUAUGUAAAAAUGUGUUUUACCAUGGUAAAGGGGCGGGGGUAGUGGCGUUAAAACAGACAUUGGGGUUUGUCAGCUAUUGCAGGUGGGUCAUGUUUAACAUUAGCUUUACUCUGGUCUGUCUCAACUUUACAAAUGAAGCCAUAAAACCUCCUGUGAAAAUGGAGGAAGGAAUUUCAGUCUAGUUUCAGUGGUGAUCUUUUAGACUGAAUAAAAACAUUUUUACAUCUGCAAUGUGAAUACAGAUGUAAAAGUCUAUCAUAACUUGCUUAUUGCUACAUUUUGCUUUCUUUUUGUUACAAUGUCAUAUUUUACUGUGUGUAUAUAUAUUGAUAAUGUAAGAAAAAGACUACAUAUAUUUUUCUUGUCUUUCAGAUUAAUUUUACUGUUAUUUUGUGAAUGAAGUACAUGCCUCCACAUAAUUAACGUGAAAAUAACAAUAAAUGUUUUUUUUAAA